UCGUCAACAGUCGCCAUGACUGUGCUUGUCGUUGUUGAGAUGUUUAAUGCUUUGAACAAUCUCAGUGAAAAUCAAUCACUUUUUGUUAUCCCUCCCUGGAGUAAUUUAUGGCUUGUUACUUCCAUCAUCCUGACUAUGCUGUUUUACAUACUAAUUCUGUAUGUGCAUCCACUCUCUGUUCUGUUCUCUGUAACACCAUUGUCUUGGGCUGAGUGGACUGUUGUUCUAUAUCUUUCAUUCCCUGUAUGAAGUGAAUCUUCACCCUCUCAGUU